AUGGAUUCACUCGUCUCCGAUUAUACUAAGAAGAUAGAGCUAGAGGGUAAAAGUUCUAGAACUUCCAAGGCAGAGCUUGAAAGUCUAGAAAUGAAAAUAUUGGAAACCUCUACAAUCGUGUAUAAUAGCAAGAAAGAGAACGAACCACUCGAACUAAAAGGUACCACGCUAGAACAAUUUCGCUUAGGUGUAGAAGCCGGGGUCAGGGCAGAAAUUGCCCAAAAAAAUGCAGCUAUAGAGGAAGCUGCUGAAGCAAAAAAAGUAAAAGCAAAGGCUGCUAGGGAAGAAAAAGCAGCUGAAAAAGCUGAAAAGGAAGCUAGGGAAAAGGAAGCAGCUGAAGCUAAAGAAAAGGCAGCUAAAGAAGCAGAAGAAGCUACAAAGGCAAAGGCAGCUGAAGCUAAAGCAAAGGCAGCUAAGGAAGCAGAAGAAGCUACAAAGGCCGCAGAAGAGAAGGCAGCAAAAAAGGCCAAAGAAGAGGCUGAAAAAAAGCCCAAGGAAGAAGAGGAAGAAGAGGAAGAAGAAAAGGAAGAGCCGCCUUCUGAUGACGACAAUGACGACAUAGUUAAUAGACUUCGACAUGGGGAGACUAUUAGCAAACUAAAGGAGGAUAUUUCUAUAUCAGUAGAAGUUCUCUUGUCAAAACAUGAGCAUGUUGUUGGCCACAAGAAAGGGUUUGGAACACCAGUUAUUGUUCUUAAUAAAGAAUUUCCCCAAGCAAGAAUUUGCAGAAUCAGGAAGGACAUUGGACAUGACAAGAGUAGUCCCAACAUUAUGCUACGGAGACGUGGGGGCGAGCUAAAACCUAACUCUGAGGAGAAAUGGGCGGUUGACGACCUUGAUGCUGUUAAACUGAUAGCAAUAGAUGUCCCAGAUGAUUAUAAAUCAUCUCCGGUAAAUCGAGUCAAGCUAAUUCCUAAGAUGACGGGUACAGAAAAAGAUGAAUUCAAGGCACUUAAUAUGAAAAUUCUGACACAACCAGAUGUACAACUCUACUGCGAAUGGAAGGAGCCGUUAAUAUUAGACAACGGUAACUUAGUUUUCUCAAGUUGGGAAAGUAGGGCAACGUGUCGUCUUAUUUGGAAGAAGAAUGCGGAUAAUUACUUGCUUUAUGUGGCCAGAUUGAUCGAAGGUUGGUAUCAAAAGGUUUCUGGUGGGCAGUAUAAAGAUGAACCAAUGCCGACUAUUGAGAUAUUUCGGGCAGGAAGUUCAAUGACGCCGGGAUCGGACGCGACACCUACACCUAAGAAUACAGCUGGGCGCGAAAAAACACCUGGGUCGCAAAAGCGUUCUAGCAAAAAAACGGAGAAAUCGCGACGGUCGAAAUCGCCUUCAAUACGCCUGGGGAGGAAGUCUCGGCAGGGUACACGACAUAGGUCUUCGCAACUUCAGAGCACAGAAGGAGAAGACGAUGAUUCAGACAAGGAUUCAGACAAGGAUUCAGACAAGGAUUCAGAUGAUUCAGACAAGGAUUCAGAUGAUUCGGACGAGGAUUCAGACGAAGCAGAGCUGGGACGUCGAGAAGAACUAUUUCUGAAAAUCGAGGGGAAAUACCGGACUAAAAAUAAGAUAGCGCCAAAGGCUAAACUAACGGCUACACAAUACGACGCUGUAGAGGCCAAAUAUAAAAGAGCUCUCAAUACAAUUUAA